GCUUAUAAAUAAAUAAAAACCACCACAAGAGCACACAUUUACUCAAGUUAUCAUCAUCCUGUGUGCACUGAGAGUCUUUCCAAGGAGUGCAAAGGGUUCAAAAAGCUGGAGGACUGAAACAAUCCUGCGCUCCUGACUGUGACGAAGCGAGCAUCAGCAGCCAACCACAGCCAGCGUCAUUUGCGCACAAGAAGACCAAUACGACGGCAACGCACCGUAGUGGCUGAAGGAUUUGCCUUCACAGUCGUCUAGAGUGUGAAUUUGUUUCCAUCCACUUUAAUCUGUCACAUUUAAUCAACGCGCGCAUGCCGUGGAGGGGAAAAUGUUGGCGUGUAAAGGGAGUCUCCAUCCCAGAGUGGACCCUGGACACGCUGCGGGAGCUUCUGUGUUUCCAGCACCGUGGAAGUUGUGGCAUCGAUCCCUACUUUAAAGCCUUCUAGAUGACAUUUCUCUGCACGACGACCUCAUGGAUUUGGCUCACUGAAGAACAGCCAUGGCUGUGCCAAAUCUACUCUUCUCCGACGUGGAAAGUUUCCUGGACUCGCAUCCCGAUUUGUUGGAGGACUACCUGAAUAGAAAAGGGAAGUACAGCAUGGUGGAGAAAUGGCUCAAGAACCACCAAGCGACCAAAAGUCCCACAGCCGCCGCCGCCUGCGCCUCCGCCUCCGCCACCACAUCGGAGCCGGACAAAAGCAAAGACAGCUGGGCCAGCAAGUGCGACGGUCUGCAGAGACGAGCCUCGCAGAAGGAGCUGCGCAAAACUUUCGCCAGAUCCAAAGCCAUCAACGCCAACAGGACGUACGACGAGCACGUCAACUCCAGAGCGCAGGAGCCGCUGACGAGCAUGAGGAGGAGAGCGCUGCUGAGGAAAGCCAGCUCUCUGCCCCCGACCACCGCGCACAUCCUGAGCGCGCUGCUGGAGUCCAGAGUCAACAUCCCACAGUACCCGUCCACGGCCGUGGACUUCAAAUAUUACCUCAAAGAGCACAACGAGCGGGAGUUUUUCCUCGAGCUGGUCAAAGACAUCUCCAACGACCUGGAUCUGACGAGUCUGAGCUACAAAAUCCUAGUCUUCGUUUGUAUCAUGGUGGACGCGGACCGCUGCUCCUUGUUCUUAGUGGAGGGCACGGGCAACAAGAAAACACUCGUGUCCAAGUUCUUCGACGUGCACGCGGGCACUACCGUCCUGCCCUCAAUGAGCAACUCGGACGAGGUUCAGGUGCCGUGGGGAAAAGGAAUCAUCGGAUACGUGGCCGAGCACGGAGAGACAGUCAACAUUCCAGACGCCUAUCAGGAUCGGCGGUUCAGCGAUGAAAUUGAUAAACUGACGGGAUACAAGACCAAAUCCCUCUUGUGCAUGCCCAUUCGUAACAGUGACGGAGAGAUCAUUGGAGUUGCUCAGGCCAUCAACAAGUCUUCAAGUGGAGAACUCUUCACCGAGGAUGAUGAAAAGGUUCUGCAGAUGUACCUGCCCUUUUGUGGUAUUGCAAUCUCCAAUGCUCAGCUGUUUGCUGCCUCAAGGAAGGAGUAUGACAGAAGUCGGGCUCUUCUGGAAGUAGUCAAUGACCUGUUUGAAGAGCAGACUGACCUGGAGAAGAUUGUCAGGAAGAUCAUGCACCGUGCCCAGACAUUGCUCAAGUGUGAGCGCUGCUCCGUUCAAUUGCUGGAGGACAUUGAGUCACCGGUGGUAAAAUUCACCAAGUCGUUUGAACUACUCUCUCCUAAGUGUAGCGCCGACACCGAAAGUGGAUUUAAAGACAGCAUGGAGAAGUCGUCCUACUCAGACUGGCUCAUCAACAACAGCAUUGCAGAGCUGGUAGCAUCCACAGGGCUGCCUGUCAACAUCAGUGACGCCUAUCAAGACCCUCGCUUUGACGCUGAGGCAGACCAGUUCUCAGACUUCCACAUCCGCUCCGUGCUGUGUGUCCCUAUAUGGAACAGCAACCACCAAAUAAUCGGUGUGGCUCAAGUGCUGAACAGGCUUGAUGGGAAACCAUUUGAUGAUGCAGACCAGCGUCUCUUUGAGGCGUUUGUGAUCUUUUGUGGACUGGGCAUCAACAACACCAUCAUGUACGACCAGGUCAAGAAGUCUUGGGCAAAACAGUCUGUGGCUCUGGAUGUUCUGUCUUACCACGCCACUUGCUCCAAGAUGGAAGUUGACAAAUUCAAGGCGGCGAACAUUCCUCUCGUCUGCGAGCUGGGCAUCGAUAAGCUCUCCUUUGACGAUUUCUCACUGGAUGUUGACGCCAUGAUAACGGCCGCACUGCGGAUGUUCAUGGAGCUGGGAAUGGUGCAGAAAUUUAAGAUCGACUACGAGACGCUGUGCAGAUGGCUGCUGACUGUCAGAAAAAACUACAGGAUGGUGCUCUACCACAACUGGAGACACGCCUUCAACGUCUGCCAGUGCAUGUUCGCCAUGCUCACGACGGCGGGCUUUCAGGAGACUCUGACAGAGUUGGAGAUCCUUGCACUCAUCGUGGGUUGCGUGUGUCACGACUUAGACCACCGCGGCACAAACAACGCUUUUCAGGCUAAGACGGGUUCGGCUCUGGCUCUGCUUUACGGGACGUCGGCGACGCUGGAGCACCACCACUUUAACCACGCCGUGAUGAUCUUGCAGAGCGAGGGUCACAAUAUUUUCUCCAACCUGUCGUCCACUGAGUACAGCGACCUCAUGCAGCUGCUGAAACAGUCCAUCCUGGCCACUGACCUCACACUCUACUAUGAGAACAGAAAAUCUUUCUUUGAGCUGGUCAGUAAGGGCGAGUACAACUGGAAUGUGAAAGCUCACAGAGACAUGUGCAGAUCCAUGAUGAUGACGGCAUGUGACCUCGGUGCCGUCACCAAACCUUGGGAUACAUCACAUAAGGUGGCGGAGUUGGUGACCAGCGAGUUCUUUGAGCAGGGUGACAGAGAGAGAUCGGAGCUGAAGCUCACACCCUCUGCCAUCUUUGAUCGAAACAGGAAGGAUGAGUUGCCAGGACUGCAGCUGGAGUGGAUUGAUGGAAUUUGUGCGCCACUGUACAAGACUCUGGUCAAGUUGAAUCCCAAACUGCAGCCGAUGCUUGACAUGAUCAAAGCUAACAGGGCCAAAUGGGAUGAACUCAAUGAGAAGAGACAACAUGGCCAUGUUUCUGCACCCUCCAGCCCGUGCAGCACCGACAGCACGGACACGAGCGGACACAACAUGGCUACCACCAGCGGCGUGGCUUGCUGUAGCACAGUCGUUGAUGGCACUAUAUCUUAGUCCGUUAGUUAGCUUCUUCUACCACCUCGGAACUCGUUUCCUAUUAAAACGCGGCCUGCAUAAAAGGUUGUUCCGUGCAUGCAGAGGGCGACCGGCUCUGCUGCUCACUUUGGCUACUAGAAAAAGAGCUUUCAACAUCAGUGAGGCACCGUUCUCCAGGUUUUCUUGUUCCUUCAGUUUCUUCUGUGCCAGAGGCUGAGACAGCCGGCUUCCGGAGCCACUACAGCUCAGCUGACGACCGUGUCUGAAAGUAAAAUGAAACUGCUGUGUCUGCACGUCAGCUCUGGACUCUUCUGGGCAUUGCACAGGUUUGCUACUAAAAAUCUACAGUUUCACACGAAAA